GCCCCCCAGCUCCACGAUGAUGGCCGAAGAGCAUACAGACCUGGAGGCCCAGAUCGUCAAGGACAUUCACUGCAAGGAGAUCGACCUGGUGAACCGAGACCCCAAGAACAUUAACGAGGACAUAGUGAAGGUGGAUUUCGAGGACGUGAUCGCGGAGCCCGUGGGCACCUACAGCUUCGACGGCGUGUGGAAGGUGAGCUACACCACCUUCACUGUCUCCAAGUACUGGUGCUAUCGCCUGCUGUCCACGCUGCUGGGCGUCCCGCUGGCCCUGCUCUGGGGCUUCCUGUUCGCCUGCAUCUCCUUCUGCCACAUCUGGGCAGUGGUGCCGUGCAUCAAGAGCUACCUGAUCGAGAUCCAGUGCAUCAGCCACAUCUACUCGCUCUGCAUUCGCACCUUCUGCAACCCACUCUUCGCCGCCCUGGGCCAGAUGUGCAGCAGCAUCAAGGUGAUGCUGCGGAAGGAAGUGUGAAGCCGGGGGCAGGGAGGGGCGUGCGGGGCAGGGGGGCAGGCCAGGCUGGCCCCACGGUGCUGCUCCACCGGGACUGCUGGCGAGCUCUUUCUCCGUAGGGACUGUUUCCCCCCAAGACGGGAGCACAGAGUUUAGAGAAAUCAGAAAGAAGAGAGAGUCCCGCC